GUGUGGCAUGCACUGUUUGAUAUCCUGUAACCUUGCCUGUGCAGCUUUGCCAUGAGCAGUCCACCUGCUGCAUGAACAGAUAGACUUUCAGUUCUGCAGGAGUUGGCAGCAGGAAGCAAUCCUCCUGUGAACCAGGUCCUGUGAGGUGGCCAGAAUGGCAAAUUUUAGAGGCCAUGCUCUUCCGGGAAGUUUCUUCAUCCUUUUUGGCCUCUGGUGGUCUGUGAAAUACUCGCUGAAACACCACAUCAGGAAGUUGAACAAAAGUGGUCAGGUGCACCAUAGCUUUGAGCGUCUGGAGCUCAUUGAAGGAUCAGUCAAAGUUGCCUUUUCAAUAAUAGGGAUCCUUGCUGAGCAGUUUGUUCCAGAUGGUCCCCACUUGCAUCUCUACAAUCAAGAGCAACAUCAUUGGAUGUACCUGAUGAAUUGGCAGCAUUCGACCAUGUAUCUGUUCUUUGGCAUCUCCGGAGCAAUGGACAUACUCACCUAUUCACCAGCCAAAGCACCUGUAGGCCUGGAUCGCCUCACGCUUGCUAUUGCACUCUUUGUUGAAGGCUUCCUUUUCUACUUCCACGUCAGCAAUCGACCCAUGCUGGACCAACACAUCCAUUCCCUGCUCCUGACGGCCAUCUUUGGGGGUGCUGUCAACACCUUCAUCGAAGUUUUCCUCCGAGACAACAUAAUCUUGGAGCUCUUCCGCGUCACCCUUGCCCUUCUGCAAGGAACUUGGUUUUGGCAGAUAGGUUUUGUGCUGUACCCACCAUGGGGAGAACCAGUUUGGGAUGAAAAAGAUCACAGCAACAUGAUGUUCAUUACUAUGUGCUUUUGUUGGCAUUAUGCCACAGCUAUCCUCAUUACAAGUGUGAACUAUAUCCUGAUUCAUUGUUACAUCAGGAACUGUCGAAGAAAUGAUGGGCAAAUAGAGUUCAGGCUUGGGAUUUGGAAGAAGAAGCAUGAGAACAUUGCACACACGGCCCUCUUAAAUGGAUCCGAUGAGGAAUGA